GACAGAUUGUUCGCUACCGGACCUACGCUCGCCUUUUGGAAGCCGAGAUAAUGCGUAUUCAUCAGGUGCAUCAACAGAUGCAAUUUCAAUUUCAUAUUCAGCAGCAGCAGCUCUUUUCUUCUGCUUCAGCUAAUGGGCUCUUUCCGGUCGCUAUCGCUGCUCCGAUUGGCGUCGGAGCGAAUAUGGGAGGGGUCUAUACAAGCGGAUCUAGUAGCCUCGGACCAAUUGUUAUUGGCCCGGCUUCUGGGCCACCCCCAUCAAUAGCUUCUUUGAGUAAACCUAUCGGACUCAGUUCAGCCUCAAACAAUGUGAGUGGCUUGAGCAGGGAUCAGGAUCACCAGAUGAGGCGGCAGACCAUUGCUGAUGAUGGAACACAAGAUAGUGGAGAUGCCAACUCAGGUGAGUAUGACCCAAUUGAGCUUUGUAUAAGAGGCUAUAAAUAUUUGUUUAAUGAUAAUUAA